UUCUCCAGAUUGCCAGCCGCACCCUCGGCACAUUUCUGUCCCACGCCCCUCACAUUAUCCCAAUUACCACUUUGGUCCUUCCCGCAGCAGCGUAAUGAGCCAAGGUUCUCCCGCCGCGACGGGGUCCGGUUCAGGGACAGCAGAGCCGGCCCAUGGGCAGCCCGGGGACUCCUCCUCCGACGCCGCCGCCGCCUCCCCGAGCGCCGUGGCGGCCGAUGCCUCCUCCACCUCGUCACCACCUCUCCCCCCUGCAGCGCCCCUCGAGCGGCCCCAGGAAGAGCGGGACCGCGAGCAGGCCGGAGGCUCCGCUGCGGCGGCGGGGGUCGACCGGGAGGGGGAGGGGCUCGACCCCGCAGCUCCUUCUUCGGCGCCUUCUUCCCCGAGCUCCACGGGGAGCAGCUCCGAGAACGGCGACGCCGCGGCCUCCGGAGCCGGGCCGUUCGACUGCAGGCUGGCGUUCCAGCAGAUGCUACAGGAGCAGACGGCCAUCAAGGAGGCGGGUGGGCCAUUGGCCGAGGGGGCGGGCAAGAAGAAGAAGCCGGAGGAGGCGCAGGUGAAAUCGUCGCACGCCAUAGGGGAGCUCUGGAACAAUCUUAGAAAGUUUUUUCAUGGAGAAUCACCAGGUUAUGUGCACUAUUCACAACAUGUGAAUCACCAGACACAUCCCAUCACUGAAGUCAGAAAGUAUUAUUUGGUUUCUGAUUUGGCUACGGGACAAGGAGUGGACCAUCUUGAUGCCUAUUCAAAAUUUAGACCAGUGACUGGAGAUGGGGAGUGUUUCUACAGGAGCUUCAUAUUUUCCUACCUGGAGCAAGUUCUUGAUGGGCAAGACACACAUGAGGAACACCGUCUCCUCGAUGCUCUUAAAAGAGUGUCUGUGCAACACGCAGAUCUUAGAUGGACCUCUGAAUUUCCCAGGAGCUACAGAGCAUUUAAGAAGCUGAUUAAGAAAGUAAAGAGAUGGAAGAGGCAUGGCAGGUGGAAGUGGAACAGCAUAGCAUCAACUAGCAGCUACCGCAAAGAGAAACUUCUCGAGUUCUUCAGAAGUUACGAUACGACGGAAGACAUUCUUACUUUCCUCAGAUUAGUGGUAGCUAUCUGGAUAUGCUCGCACGCGAAGCAGUAUGAGCCGCGUAUACCAGGGCUCGAUAGACGUUACAGUCUGAAAGAUUGGUGCUUUCAGCACGUCACUCCAUCUCGUCAGUACGCGGACCAUGUUAUGAUGACGGCCUUGGCUGAAGCGCUUGAGGUACCCCUUAGAGUGGAGCAACUCAAUGGAGGACCUGCUCAGGACAUCUACACUGUUCCUGGACCUGGAGUUCCCCGUGUGAGUGUGACCCUUCUGUACACGGGCAAUCACUACGACGUCCUCUACCCACACGCUCCUCCUACCGAGAGUUCAAGUCAGCAGACUUCCUGAAGAAAUCAUCCUGCUGAUUAGAGUUGGAAGUCAACAGAUUCUGCUGGAUGUUGCUGAGUUUAGGUGAUAGAGUUAGACAAACUGGGUAGCCAUAGCAUACACUUCGUUGUGCAUUCUUCUUCUGUUGGCACAAACUGGCUGCUCCCUUGUCUGAAGAUUGACAAGGAAGAACUCGUGCUGUGCUUUGUCUGAAUUGUUGGCUGGUGUACUGUGAAUCUUCUGUAAUCAGAUCACAUUCCAACU